CCUCUUCCCUCCCCUAAACGAACAACAUCCUCACCCUAGGGAUCCUCCCUGAAGAGGGAAAAAAAGCCCCCCCCACUUGACUCGACUAGAGCUAGGGACCGACUGGCUGUUGUCACUAUCACCUAUUCACCUAAUUGGAAUCUGUUUCGUCGCCUCUCGUUUGAAUUCUCUUCACUCGUUCACUCCAUUUUCUUGGUCUUUUUUUCUUUCUUUUCUUCUCCCUUUUUUUUUCACUUCAACUCACGCCCCGCACCCUUGACUCCGCAUCACCCACCAUAGAUUUUGUGUGGUCGCCGGUGUUUCCACUUCUCUUUUCUCUCGUAUAAUCCCUUCAAAGGUGUUGCACCGACCACCCGUUGAGAUCCCGCUACGCCCACCGUUCCACUCGACAGCUUCAUCCGGGGCUAUCCAAUUCUCAUCCUUCCGCCUCCUCUCCGCGUCCGCCUCUCCCUCUUUUCUUUCCUUUCCUUUUAUUUACUUUUUUCCCUUUUUUUUUUUGUUGCACUUCCUUUCGUUUGUUCCACCAGUUCUUCUAUCUAGUGUUCUAGCCGAUGAUAUAGUCAGCAGAAAUCGGUCCUUCCAGCCUCCCCCCACGCCGUCCCGUCACCUCCCUUCUAUUUUCUCCGCGAACCCUUUUUGAAAUUCAGCAGCAAUAUGGCGGCGGUAUCUACUGCCGCCCUUACACCGCCUUCCUCAUCUCAUGGCAGGUCAACUGGGGGAGACUGGAACUUCAGUGUUCCCAUAGACGGGACCGAUACUCCAGAUCCUACUCUACGGGAACAUCAUCCAAACACUUCAAUGCUUCAUCGUAGCGCUGCGGAAGGUCGGACAUCGAAAGAGCUUCAUCACGUGCAACAUACCAAGAAUGUCGCACCGAUGGCAACAAUUACACCAACCACCCCAAAUGUGUACAGCCCUCAGCAAGAAUACCAGUACUCCCUAGGAGAUGAAAACUACCACGCCCACAGCGCAGUUCGGACUUCCGACCGUAAUAGAUCGGCGUCUCCGGAAUAUCUAGCUGCACCUCGGGCCCCGAUGCUACAACGUCAGGACUCCACUGUUUCCUCAAACCAUGACGGUGAUUCGGUUUUCGAUUUGUACGGAGGGAGACUCUCAACUGUCAGUGGUAUGAGUGCUGGUUCAUAUGGACGGAGUAGCUCCGGGGAAGGACACCCUAGCUUUGUGAACGGCAACGGCGACCCUGCGGUGGACGAGGUGGAAGCAGAUUCUUCUAACUGGAUUCACAGCGAUAAACUUGCCGAAAUAGAAGCUGUUGGUUCAGGAAGUGGGAUCAAAGCUAAGGGCAAGGAUGAGGCGGACACUUCAAGGUGGAUAGAUAGGGACAAAUUGGCCAAGAUUGAGGACCAGGAACUCCAACAGGCGGGUAUCCGCUCAAGGGCAUCAAGUAAUGGGACAUAUAUGAGGGAAGAGGAUGAAUCAUUCAGAGAUGGAAAGAAGCAGCGAGUCGUUUCUCCGUCAUCCAUGGAAGAUCGGUCGGAACAACUAUACGAUCCUGAGGGAUUUAGCUUCGAUUUUAGAACACCAGAGGAGCAGGCUGCAGACAACACCCCGAUCCAAGCAAUGCCUUCUCGCCAGUUUCGUAGGCAUCCUUCUUAUUCCCGGAUACCGGUCCCGAAAUCUUCACCUUGUCCCAUACCCCAAGGCUACAUAGAACGUAGCACUCCUCUCUUGCGGAACUCGCUCACGCCCAAUAGAUCCGAGGAUGACAGAGCUAGCCUUUCAAGUACUUACCGUCGUGCUCGCAAGCGUUCCCAUUCCGCUGGUUCGGCAUUUCUCCUCGACGACCAUGACCCAGCAACCCCAACACCGGGCCCCUUGUCUAAUCCGAAGAACCCUAACCGAUCACCCAUGUCUCCUGGAAAUCGGAGAACCUCUCGAACUCCUUCCCAGCUCCGGAAGGACCGGUCCCGUUCUAACCCUCAGCUUCACAAUCGCCCGGGUACGUCUACAUCACACGCAACACACGCAGGCGGCGCCGGAUCACAAGCCUCAGGGGGCAAGCAUCACCCCGAGGGCCCACCUCCCUGGUCUCUCCAAAGUUAUAAGCCGGAUCCAAGUUUGCCGCCGGAUCAGCAGAUUAUACCCACUGUCGCCAAGCGUAUGCAGCAGGAACAGUGGGAGAGAGACGGCGCAUAUGCCAGUGUUUAUGACCGCGAGCUCAGACCUCUUAAGGUUCCCUCAGAUCCAAAUCUCGAUAAGGAGAAGGGGAAGACAGGAGAAACGGAUGAACCUGAGUGGCCAUUAAAGAGCCCGGCCCUUCAACCCAAGCUGCCAGUGGGGAAGCCAAAGUCAGAUGCUGGGUACAGGACAGUGCCUACGGUGAGUGCAAAUUUGUUAUUCUACUUUUUGCUUUUGAUGCUGGUUUGGGGGGUAUUAGAAGGGAAGGUUAUUCUCUAG